UAACAAACCAAUCCCAAUCACGCCAAAUCCCCAUCACGAGCCCCAUUUCCCAUGCUCUCUCCUGGAAGCUCUCAGACCGCCCAGCCGUGAAGUCAGCGCGCUACGCCGUCCACUGUCAGUGAAGCUAGGUGUCUGCUCACGUACGAAUACCUUACACAGCAGGUACGGGUACCGGGCACCUGAGAACUGGGAGGGCACCUCGCUGCACUGCGCUGCACACCCACGACACCCACGUUGAAACAUCGCCGUCCACUACCUCACGACACUACGGAGUACGGGUACUGCGGUACAACCACGAAUACCUGCUUCCACUCGUCGCCUUGUCUCUGCUUCGUUUCGUUUCGCAUCUCGCAUCGCCUGGCGCGCGCUCUCUCUCACUCUCUCUUCCACUAUUCUUGACUAGCUUGCGAAUACAAGUUGGGCCAGACAGGCUCCAGAGGAACCGUCCAGUCCAUCAUAUCCCAUAUCUCGUUGCUCCCACCUCUGCCCGGGGCACAUCAACUCUUUCUGCAAGCUGCACCUCACACACACACACACUACAUACCUAAGGUACUCUCAGUCUGUACGAAUACAUCUCGCAUAGUCCCCGCCAGCCUACCUACCUUACGCAUCGGCAUCACCAGCAGCAGCAGCAGUAGUCGCAGUCACAGUCGCAUUCCCCUGCUGCGUUCUUUCACACCUCCAUCUUCCCAAAGCUCGAAUCGGUCUGCGGAACUUGCAGUACCUUCAAGAUACUUCGCCCUCACAGGUUCGACCCGCCGUUCAGCCCACUUCUUCCCUCGCGUCUGCCUCGGAGCUCAAGCUGCUUUUCAACCCUCUGCCCGGUCCGUCUACCCAAAGUCAGUCUGUGCGUCCAAAACCAAACGAACGCCCCCCCUCCACAACCUCGUCGACUCUUCCCAGUGCCAAAAGCACAAGUCAAAACCAAGACGCCUACAGCACACGCUUGUCCCUACAUCGACACUUUCUUCGCCCAAAAGAGCAGGCAUCUGGAAAUUAACGAUUGCAACCUUGCUGGUGGUCCUCCGGCCGUUGCCGCCGCCCCUACUACUGCUCCUAGUCCCUCUUGGAAAUACUCCUCAUCGUCGGACUUCGACUCCAUACUUACGCGGAUCCCUUUUUUUCGGUCCCGUCGCCUUUUCCACUUUUGCCUCACGCGCGCCAGGUCUCUUCCACACGGCACUGACUUGCUGAAGCCUGCUGGGUACAACCGUCGUGACCCUACAACACACAUCCCCCUUACGGAUACCUGGUUGCGACUCUACAGAUACAGUGCUCUCUGUCGUCUGUACCGCGUACGGAUACCCUACCGUACCAGAGAACGGCCCUCAAUUCUUGCUGCUCACCGCACCUGAAUCGUCUCGAGACCGCUAUCCCCGUCGCCCUCGCUGUCGCCGGUCGCUGUCGCCGGUCGCUGUCGCCGGUCGCUGUCGCCGGUCGCUGUCGCCGGUCGCUGUCUCCGUCGUCGUUAUCGUUCUUCGACGUUGGUCCUUUUUCUCUGCCUGCCGAGCACCCUCGCUUGAAUCUAAACCCCCAAGACUUCGCCUCGCUUCCGACUCGACUCAACUCGACUUAACUCAACUCAUUGACUUUUGACCCGAUCGACUUCUUGGAGUCCCUGCGCGUCCCCUAGUCCUAGGUGCGUACCGUUCGUACUUCGUACUCCAUAAACUUCAAAUUCGUUGCCCUUCUCGUCCACUCCCCUUCCCCUCCUAUCCCAUCCCAGAUCCCCAUCCACAUCCUGUGCCCAUUUGUCCUCCACACCCUAGCCCACAUCCCACUCUAUCUCUUGUGCGCCGCUUCCUGUCAACUGUGGGGAGGAAUAACGGACAAGAGAGAAAGAGAGAGGGAAAGUGAGAGGGAAACACGCACAAAAGAACGGAGCAGACAAGGCCUCGCUCCCUCAGCCCAGCCCAGUCCCAAUCCCAGCCGAGCCCGCUCUAGUCCAGGAAUCCACCCCGGAGACACAGACGCACAACACGCACAGAGUGAAAGCCAGACAGAUACUCAUCCGGAGCCUACCCGUCAUAAGUUACCAGGGGCCUAGCAGAGCCGGAUGAACAAGCGAACCUGGGUUGGGAUUGCUUGAGCUGGGGUCUCUCUGUUCGCUUCAUCAUCUACUCAAUUUUCAUUUUUCUGCAUUUUCCCUUUCUUACCUUUGGUUUCCGCUUCUUGGGCUUUCUUCUGGCUCUAGCUUUGUCGUGUGUCGGUGUGCCCUCACUUCUUCACCACCUCGGACCUCAAGAACGAGCCGGCCACCCUCUACACUUCCUCACCCCACCGCUUCUUUACCGCGACUACUCUUCUUGUCUACUUCCUUGCGAUUGCUCUGGCCUAUUGCAAAUCCCGUGGUAUCGACGCCGAAUCAGACCUUGGCAAUCUGGCGCAGAAGCAGCAGUUUCUGCCGAAUACCUCUCUACUCCCGAGCCCACCCUGCUUGACCGACUCGGUUCCCAAAUCCCGCCCUACAUGAAAACCACUCAACCUCCUAUUUUGAGCCUCUGAGCGCUUUUCUUUUUCUCAACCCGCCGAGACUGUUUCUGUUGCGCAUCGCUCUCCAGGCUGUAUCCACAGCCUGGGGGCUGAUUGUGUCGCAAUGUCUGGCCCGGGACUAACCUCGAACCAGUCUUCCGCGCAAGGCGAUCUCUCGCGCUUUUCCGAUUCGGAGACAGAGCAGGACAGAUCUCCUCCUACGACCAAAACGACUUCAGAUAUCCUCUCGGGCGUAUAUCGCGGCUUCAAAAAGUUCGCCCCGAGUCGAGACGGCGAAUCGAGGCUGACAAGACAGCCGUCACUUUCUCGCUUGGGUCUGCACAGCGUCUCGCCAAGCUUGACCUCGUCGCCCUCUCCCCCCACCUCUUCGACGCCGACACCCGUUCCAAACUCGUCCAAAAAUCGCCCGACCCAGCAGCUCCAGCAUGGGAGGAGUCUGAGCCUACAGAGCAGCCUCGCCAAACCACUACCCGAACCGCCAGCGUCGUUUCCUUCUCCUACAGGGCCUGAAGCACCUCCUGCACAUUACAAUUUGGGGGGUCUCGGUGCCAUCGAGGAAGCUCCGGCCGAUGAUAUGUACAGUCGUACCAGUACGAUGGACUCCAGCGCCUCAGCGGAACGAGCUCAGAUGUACAGCGGCGGAUCAGGAUACAACGCCGACAUGGCCAGCAGCCAGAGUAGCUUAGCAAGCUCUUCGAGACAAGAUGGAGCCGACGAGAAUAAUAAUAGGGAACCACCGAACUUGACUCCGCGGAGCAACGGUCCCUUGUCAGCAGGCCCGUCUCCAUCUUCCAACCAGUCGUCCAACCAACAAAGAACACCCGCUUCGGCGGUUGGUACACCCACUGCGUCCUCAUCCUCGGCGCAUCUAUCCGGACUUAUGUGCAAUGUGCAUAGGACAACAGGCAGGGAACCGCAUCCGCUCGUCGGAGCUACAACAACUAUACUGGGGGAUAAACUUUAUGUUUUUGGAGGAAGAAUUCUGUCGCGGAGUCGCCCGGCUCCUCUGACAUCCGAUCUGUACGAGUUGGACUUGAUCCGCAGGCAUUGGUCGAAGCUGGAAACCACAGGCGAUAUACCACCGCCUCGAUACUUCCACUCCAUGUGCCCAUUAGGAGACACUAAGCUGGUAUGUUAUGGAGGCAUGUCUCCCACACCAAAUCAAGCGAACGCCGGCCCGGAUCAGCAGCCAGAGGUGACCGUCAUGUCGGACAUUUACAUCUACGAUGUUCCCACCCGAAAGUGGACCUACAUUCCAACCCAAGAUCCCCCGCAAGGACGUUACGCCCACUGCGCCUGCAUAUUGCCUUCGUCAGCAUCGUUCGCCUCGCACAAGGCGCCACUGUCGGCAUUGCAGCACAAUCCAUCAUCCGGCAACCCCAACGAAGGGAGGAUAGGGAUCAACAUUGAUGGGACCGGCGGUGCUGAAAUGGUGGUGGUUGGUGGCCAGGAUGGCGCAAACCACUACAUUGAGCAAAUUAGUGUUUUCAACCUUCGCAGCCUCAAGUGGACCGCUGUCGAACCUCUCGACAAGAGCUGCGGCGCUUACAGAAGCGUCGUCGCUCCUUUGCCCCCCUCUGUUACGGCACGAAUUGGAAAGUCAAGCGUGAAUGGAUAUCAACGGGAGGGCGGCAUCAGCCAAGAAGCUCGGGAGCCUGGAUCCUCAAUGCUCAUCUAUUCAAACUACAACUUCCUAGACGUCAAGCUCGAACUACAAAUCCGAUCUUCAGACGGCACCUUGACGGAGAAACCCAUGUCGGGCUCUUAUUCGCCCCCCGGGCUGCGGUUUCCGAACGGCGGCGUCAUCGAUACCUACUUUGUCGUAAGCGGCACAUACCUCACGUCUUCGAAGCAGGAGUAUGCGUUAUGGGCUCUUGACCUCAAGACAUUGACCUGGUCGCGGAUCGAUGCGGGUGGUGCUGUCUUCAGCCAAGGCAGCUGGAACCGCGGUGUACUUUGGAACCGCAGGAACACUUUUGUGAUUCUUGGCAACCGGAAACGAAGUCUCGUCGAUGAUUAUAACCAUCGUCGUAUCAACUUUUCCAAUGUUUGCAUGGUCGAGCUGGAAGCAUUUGGAUUCUACGACAACCCGAGAAAGACGACGCCCAUGUCUGGCUUCGUAUCAGCCAGUAGUCCUUACACUAGCCCGGGAUUAAGUUUGGCUAGAAAAGCAGGAACUACAGCCGGAGGACGGUUCCACUCUAGGGCGGCCGAGGAGCUUGGCGAAAAGGCACUGGCGAUGCGAGAGCUUUCCGACAUGGACAUCCUCUGCCUACACGGAGAGCGGAUACCCAUCAAUUCUAGGAUGGUGGCACGGCGAUGGGGCCCGUACUUUGUGCAGCUGUUGCGAGAAGGGACGGCGACUCAGGAUGGUAGCGAUGCCAUGACUCUUCGAUCUGGAGUCAACAACCCCAUCAGAAAUUCCGCUCUCACAAUCACCCCAUCCCGUAACACAGCCGAAAGCUCGACGUCCAUGGCCAGUACUGUGCUCUCGUCCGGUUCAUCGGCAAAGGCCCCGAGUACAGCUCCGACCAGCGCCUCAGCAGCCUCGUUCUCCCUCCCGGGCUCGGCCGGCGGCGUCGAUCCAGCCACGGUCAACUCAGCCCCGACCCCGAGGUCUCUACCACCGAACUCGCGGCCUCGAUGCUUGUACCUUCCUCACACCUACCUCACGGUACAGGCCCUCCUACACUUCCUCUACACGUCCUCACUGCCGCCUCCGUCAUCGCCAUUGUGCACACCUCCCAUCCUAUGUUCACUUUUGCAAAUCGCCCGCCCAUACCGGAUCGACGGGCUUCUCGAGGCAGUAGUCGAGCGCCUACACGCCCUCUUGGACUCGAGAAACGCAGCCGCCGUCUUCAACGCGACCGCCAUGGCCGCCGGCGGUGGCCGUGGCAUCGACGGCUCCCUGAACCCCAACUUCUUCGUACCCUUGGACGCCAUGGGCUCUCCGCUCUUCCCCUCAGAAGAGUCCCAGAACGGCAGCGCCGGCGCAGACGGACUUUCCUCGCGCACUGCGGCUCUCCGUAUCAACACCGCAAUGUCCUCCGGUCGACCGUCCAGCGACGAACUCAGCGCCACGACAAGCGUCAGCGGGUCCGAAUGGAGCUCCGAGAUUGGCGACUCGGAGCGCGGUGGUAUGCGCGAGGUUUGGGGAGGCGAGCUCAGCUCCGUCAUUGGCUUGCAGAAGCGAGGCUUGCGAGGUCUCAUGGAGGGUAGGAGGAUGCGUGAGCGCACCGGGACGAAUUCGGGCGGGAGUAUGAGUGCCGGCGUAGGACCGUAUGGCGGCGGCGGCGGUGGGCAAGGCCGCGUUGGCCUUGGGAUCGCCGGGUCGUGA